UCCCCGCUCUCGCUGACCCCUCCCCGCUCUCGCUGACCCCUCGACCCGCUCGCUGACCCCUCCCCACUCUCGCUGACCCCUCCCCACCCUCGCUGACCCCUCCACGAUCUCGCUGACCCCUCCAGGCUCCGGCCCGCUGCCCCCUCGGUGGGGAGGGGGGGGUGGGGGGGUCACCCCGCUGGGUGUGGAGGAUGCCCAUCCUGAAGCCGUUGGGCCAGAGCGGGCCCCAGGGCAAGAGGCGGUCCCGGUUGGACCUGACCCGCGAGAUGAUCAGUGCCCCGCUGGGCGACUUCCGGCACACCAUGCACGUGGGGAGGGGGGGCGAGGCCUUCGGGGACACCUCCUUCCUCAGCAAGAGGCGGGAGGAGGGGGAGGUCCAGCCCGAGGGAGGUUGCGGGGGGCAGAGGGUGGCCCAGCAGGGGGCGGCCUUGCCCCCCUCCUCCUCCUCCUCCCCCCCUCCUCCUCCUCCUCCUCCUCCUCCUCCGCCUCCUGACCCCUCCACGGGGUCCAUGAGGGCGGCCGAGUCCGUGCUCUCCCUGUUCCAGGUGGACCUGGGCCCCUCCAUGCUGAGCGAGGUCCUGGGGGUGAUGGAGAAGGGAGCCGGCCCCUCGGACCGGACCCUGGGGACGCGGGGGCCAGAGAGGGUGGGGGAACCGGUCAGCCCCUCGGUCCGGAGGGAGCAGGAGGGGCAGGAGGAGGAGGAGGAGGAGGAGGAGGAGGAGGAGGAGGGACAAGGCAACUUCACCUUUGAAGAGGAGGACGAAGAAAUCGGAGUGUGACGCACACCCCCACCUCCGCUACCCACCCCUCAAAUACUGGAUCCCCCACC